AUAGAAAAGAUUUUGAUUGGACUAACACUAAUAGUCAGAGAAUGUUUCUUUCUUAUCUUCCAGUCAUGUCGUUGCACGUUGAAAAGACCGGCGGCGGCCGUGAGUACAAGGUCAAAGACAUGUCUCAGGCUGACUUUGGCCGCCUCGAGAUGGAACUCGCCGAGGUUGAAAUGCCUGGACUCAUGGCCUGCCGUGUUGAGUUUGGCCCCUCACUGCCUUUCAAGGGAGCCAAGAUCACUGGUUCUCUCCACAUGACCAUCCAGACUGCUGUCCUUAUUGAGACCCUCACUGCUCUUGGUGCUGAGGUCCGCUGCUGCUCCUGCAACAUUUUCUCCACCCAGUACCACGCUGCUGCCGCCAUCGCUCGUGACUCUGCCGCCAACUUUGCCUGGAAGGGCGAGACUCUCCAAGAGUACUGGUUGUGCACCGAGAGAGCUCAUGACUGGGGGCCUGGCGGUGGUCCUGAUCUGAUCGUCGACGACGGUGGCGAUGCGACGCUGUUGAUCCAUGAGGGAGUUAAGGCCAAAGAGAUAAAUGAGAAGACCGGCCAGCUGCCCGAUCCGUCUUCCACUGACAACCGGAGGUUCCAUAUCGUGCUGACCAUUAUCCGCGAUAACAGGAAAGUAGAUCUCAAGAAGUACACCAAGAUGAAGGAGAGACUGGUUGGUGUUUCUGAGGAAACUACCACCGGAGUUAGGAGGCUUUACCAGAUGCAGGCCAAUGAAACACUCUUGUUCCCCGCCAUUAAUGUCAACGACUCCGUCACCAAGAUCAAGUUUGACAACUUGUAUGGAUACCGCCACUCUCUCCCUGAUGGAUUGAUGAGAGCAGCUGAUGUCAUGAUUGCUGGCAAGGUUGCUGUGGUCUGUGGUUAUGGUGGUGUUGGCAAGGGCUGUGCUGCUGCUUUGAAGCAGGCUGGAGCUCAUGUCAUUGUGACAGAGAUUGACCCCAUCUGUGCUCUCCAGGCUCUUAUGGAGGGACUUCAAGUUCUGACCCUUGAGGAUGUUGUCUCUGUGGCUGACACGUUUGCCACCACCCCCGGCAACAAGGAUAUCAUCAUGGUAGACCACAUGAAGAAGAUGAAGAACAACGCCAUUGUUUGCAACAUUGGUCAGUUUGACAAUGAGAUUGACAUGCACGGGCUUGAUACCUACCCUGGUGUGAAGCGCAUCACUAUCAAGCCUCAAACUGAUAGGUGGGUCUUCCCUGAAACCAACUCAGGCAUCAUUGUGUUGGCUGAGGGACGACUCAUGAACUUGGGUUGUGCCACUGGUCAUCCUAGCUUUGUGAUGUCAUGCUCAUUCACAAACCAGCUGAUUGCCCAGCUUGAGCUCUGGAAAGAGAAGGGAACUAGCAACUUUGGUGCCAAGCUGACCAAGCUCACCAAGGAGCAGGCUGACUACAUUAGCGUGCCUGUUGAGGGUCCUUACAAGCCUCCUCACUACAGAUACUGAGAAGAGACUAAGAGAAAGAACAGUAUCUGGAUGGUUUGAUUGUUUAAUUUCUUUACAAUUUGAUCAUUUAUCGUGUUAGGUGUUUAGGUUUUGAUGGUGGGAAGUAUGGAAGGGACAAAAUCAGAGGUCUCUCUUGGAAGAAAGACUGAAUGGCAUU